AUGCCGCUCCUCAAGCGCAAGCCGAUAGUAUUGCUGCCUCUACCCACAGGCGCCACAGAUGGCUCGAUAUCACAGCAGGAGCAUGUCUUCUACAUCGACGAGACCGGCGAAGUCUUUCUCGACUACGACUCCUAUGCCCAGAGAGUAGCUUAUCUCCAGCAGCGCAUCUUCACAUGCGAGCACACGGGCAAGGCCGGUCUCGACUACUUCCAAGCAGUUGCAUCCGAGCGUGCCGAGUCCAAGCUCGUCAACGACCGCUUUCCAGACCAACUCAAGCAUCGCGUCCUCGCAGCAUGCAAUUUCUUCGUCUGCGGUCGCAUAGACAACCUCGUUGACAUGGUCUUCGAUAGACUGAAGGACCGAUAUUUCGCCGGCGAGCGCGUCGUUGUCGACCUUCAUGGUGACAAACUGUACGGCAAGAUCAUCAAGGUCUACCCGCCCAGAUUCAUACGCGACCAUUAUGGACGUAGCGAUCCUCUUCACGCCGACAGUAAGAAGCGCGCUUUCGACGACAUGACGACCAAUGGCACCGCUUCCACGUCUGAGCUGCCAGCCUCAGAUCGGUACGAAGCCAUCGCUCACUCUUUAGGAACAGACCUUUGGGCGUCCGCGCACGAGUUGAUCGAACACGAUCCUUCGUCAGAAUACCUCUACACCGUGCAGCUCAUGUCAAACGAUGGCGCUUUCAACGAAUCGCUCACAGAAGCACAAGCUUCCCAACUCGCAAGAGACCGUAACAACUUUUCCAAAGUCAUGCUCAAACGCUUCCUACGCGACUCAUUGCAGCGAGAUCCCGCUCUGGCCUCGCCCUGGCAAGUCAAACCUUCUCUCUGCUCUGCUUUCGGUCUGCCCCUCGCUCCUGACGACGAGAUCAAGCGCAAGAACGAAGCUGCGAGGGAAGCUAGUCUGGCGAAGAGGAAGAAACUUGACCCGGACGAUUUGAUCGAUGGCAAAGGGAAAGGGAAAUCACAGGGAGAAGCAGGCGCGAAGAAGCAGAUCAAAUACCCAAUAGAGGAUCUCGAGCUUGAGAUGGGACCCGCAUCAGACAGUAGAGAGCGCAACGGCCUGGCAGACACGCACGAGCCGGCGACAAAACCUGUGCCCCGUAGAGACAUGCCGGUCCCUCAGGAGCACAUGAGUGCGCUACUUAUGCAAUGGAGCAUGCUUCAAAUCUUCAGCGAGCCACUGCGAUUAUCGCCUUUCAGCUUAGAUGACUUCGGCGCCGCACUGCGGCACGAUGCCAUAGAUGUACACUGCGCGCUCACAUCGGAAAUCCAUGGCUGUCUACUCAAUGCGCUCUCUGUCGAGCCAGCGCUGGCUGUCUAUGGUACAGUCAGCUAUACUGCCGCAAGCCAGAUGCUGCCAGAGCUUUCAGCGGAAGCUUUGGGUGGUCUUCCGCCAGAUAUCGCGGAGGUCUACCUCAGGGCGGCAGUCUCACUUGGCAAUGUUUGGCCAAGAGCAGCCCAAUUAGAUCCUGAGAAGGAUCGCAAAGGCUGGGAGCACCAUCUCAUUGGCGCGAUCUGUCAGCGCGGAGGAAUAGAGACCCUGCCUCGGAUUGCCUCGAUCGUCCGACAUCUGCUCAGCUCGCUCGACGACGACCCAGAAGAUAUACCAGAUAAUGCAGAGGACUGCUAUAUCGAACGCAAACCGCAAGACCGAUAUCCGACUUUGCCUCUGGCAGACAAGCUAUUGCUGCUCGGCUUUCUCAUCGACCUCGCAUUGCCUUCGCGAGCUAUCGUCAACUUCAUGAACGAGACCGAGAGCUACCUGUCAGAAUUGCGCAAGGAACGAAUUGAGAUCAACAAAGAAAAGAGACAGCUCAUUGCUGAGCGCAAUGCCAUGGAUGGCAAGAAGACGACGAAACCUAAAGAUUUGCCGGACGACGCGGAUGAUGAUGCAGUGGCCACGCUUUGGCCAAGUCAAGCCGAAGGUUUGGAUCUGGACGAGGCAAACGGCCUCGACUCUUCCAUCAGUCAUGACGCCCGCGACGAAAGUUUCGAGCCAGAACGAUCCAGUGAGCGCGAGCUUACGCCUCUGUCGAUGCUGGCUACGCCCGAUCCUUCGCCAGCUAGCGCCAAAUCUCGUGCGCAAGUAUUGAAAGAUAAGCAAAGAGCGAGAGAAGCGGAGGAUAAGAUCAAGCGGAAAGAAAUUGCUGCACAAAAGGCGGCAAACAAGGAGAAGCUGCUCAGCAAGAAGGGCAGCGAAGCUGCUCGCAGGCAACUCAAAGAAUCCUUUGAGGCUCUGUAUAGCCGGGAAGAAUCGCUCGAGUACGAAUGGCGACGCAACCGAGGUGUACGUGCCGUGAUUCCACUCGGCAAAGAUCGCUUUUACAACUCAUACUGGUGGUUCGACGGCAUCGGUGGACAAGCAUUGCGGAGCAGUCAAGGGGGACAUCUCUAUGGAACAGGACGACUAUUCGUCUUGGGCCCAAGUGGGAUCGACUGUGACUUGCUCAGCGAUCGCGGACCUUUGAAGAUCAAGUCAAGACGACAACGUGAAGAGGGCGAAGCUUUGCUCGAGACUGGCAUCUGGGGCUACUAUCAGCAAGAGGACGAGUUUGAUGCAUUGCUUUCCUGGCUAAACAGCAAAGGCAAUCGCGAGCUCUACCUCAAGCAGCAGCUCACAAAGUGGAAGCACUGUAUUCUCGGCGGAGCAGAGAAGCGACUCAAUGUUCGUCGUCGCGCCUAUGUUGCUUCUGAUGCUGAUGCCUUUGACACUAGGAUUUGA